CUUCGUGAUCUCAAGAUUAAGACUGGAACCGUUAAACGUCUUUUUAAAGAUGAAAACUCUUAUCAUAAAGAGAGUGAAAGUCAACAAAAACAUAUCGAUAAACUAAUAUCAGAAGGUGCUGAUGAACAUGAUAUAUCUAAACAGAAAGAAGUGUUGCAAGAAUCGUUAAAUAUGAUUCCAGAUUGUCAGAAUCGUCUUAAAGAAGCUCAGAAAGAAUUGCAG